AUCCUUCAAGCAAGGACAAGAGAUGAAGUAUAUCAGCCCCACUGAGGGGACUUUGACAAAUUGCACUUUUGGAAAAAACACACAAAUUCCAGGAUGGAUAUCCUAAAGGACAGCAACUUGGCCACCACACAAGAGACAGUUAAUCCAAUUAAACAACCUGUGCAAAUCAUUGCCAAGGCUGGGAUAGGGGAUAGUAAUCCAGCUUCCUACCUAGGCUACAGUGCAUUUGUGGACCAGAGCAAAAUCUCCAAACUGAAUGAUCAUCAGGACUCUCAUGAGCAGUUCCUUGGCAAGUCUAGGAAAGAGCUAAAGAAACUAGCAAGGGAAGGAUGUUGGGCUGGAAGCCAUACCCUGAGAGCAAAGGCUUACCAGCACAUUAUCCAAGAUAUACCAUGCCGGCUAAUGACUGCUGAUGCCUUCGUCUACCAAGAUGUUGCCAGCAAGUUAUUUGGAAACCAGAGUGAAAGUUUGGAUCCCUUGCCUGAAUUCCUGGAAGGAAGCAUCAUGCCUGAAUACUGCCUCACUCCAGAAGGGAUAACGGCUUUGAAGAAAAUACUUAUCUGCAUUUCCAAUCUGUACCCUGAGAUUACUUACUGUCCUUUGCUCCCAGCUGUGACUGCUCUGCUGCUCCAUUACAGCCAAGACGAGGCCCAGUGCUUUGAGUUGACUUGCCGACUCCUCUACUCCAAGGCUCCCCACACCACCUACAUAGACCAGUCCUUCCUGGCUCAUGAGGCCUCCUGUAUGACCUUUGGGGACUUAGCCAAUAAGCACUGCCCAGCUGCCCAUCAACUGAUAGCAAGUUCAUCAGACAUCUUGGAGGUGUACUCUGAGUGGCUGGUGUGGCUCUUUGAUGAUCUUCCCUUUAAUUAUGUCAUUCGCAUCUUUGAUGUGUAUCUCUUGGAGGGGCAAAAAGUCCUUUACCGCAUUGCUCUGGCACUGCUGAAGCAAUACCGGCUCUUUAUGACCUCAAGAGGACAAGAGGUGGUUGACAUCAAGGGAAGCUUGCAGGCUUUCCUGUGGGAUAUCCAUGAAUACCUGGCAGCUGAAAAGCUUUUAGAGAAAGCAUUUGGCAUCCGACUUUUCUCCCGCAAAGAAAUCUGGCUUCUUCAGAUGGCUAACCGGAAGGCUCUGGUGGAUAAAGGAGUAACAAGGGUGCAGCACAGACAACCAUUCCACCUCAUUGUGAAUGCACAUAAUUUUAGUUCCACCAUUGUUAAGGCUCAAGAAAUGCGCAUUGUGUGGUCCUGGAUACCAGAACGAUUUUCUUUAUAUCCACCUCUUCUUUUAUUCUCAACUUCUGAAAAUGGAUACAGUUUGAGAAGGUUUUAUUCCUGCUGUGAAGGCUAUGAGCCAACUUUACUGUUGUUAAAAAACACACUGGGAGAAGUAUGUGGAGCAUUUCUUUCCUCUGACUGGAAUGAAAGGAAAAAAUGGGGAGGAACAACAAGCUUCUUUGGCACAGGAGAAUGCUUUAUUUUUACAGUGCAUCCUAAAAUGGAGCGAUAUGAAUGGGUCUUCAUCAAGAAGCCAGAACAAGCUAAAGCUCUACCUUGUUCCCAACGCCAGCGUUCUCCAUCUCCCUUUUCUUUGGAGAGUCACAAAACAACCAGCUCAAAUCACCUCACUGUACCAAAGCUAGAAACAAUUAAAUACCGUCUCUCUCCCUUCCUGGCAAUUAGACACUUCAGGUUGUCCUCCAAAACAGCUUCCAUGUUUAUGUCUGGAAGCCAGGAAGGAAUCAUCAUAGGGGGAGGUGGAGGCCAGGCUCUAUAUAUUGAUGCUAAUCUGAAUCAUGGAAGAACAGAACGCUGUGAAACAUUUGACAACCCUCCUCUCUGCCAGCAAAACUUCCAGGUCCAGCUACUAGAAGUUUGGGGAUUUCAAAACUCUUGAACUUCCUUUUUCUCCAUACGAUGGACAAUUUUUACUGAGAUUCCUCUCCAAAGCACUGCAUGUCAUCAGGUGAUGACUGAAAGAUGGACAUCUAAGCAGCAGGAAAAGAUCUUUAAGUAUUUUGGGUGGUUGCCCAUUAGUACAGUCCUUUUGGCCAGAAUUUCUGGAGCAUAACAAAAUAUAUUAGAUGAUGUAUAUUUACCUAUAACUGUUCUGCUUGGACUUUUGAAAGGAUUAAUUUUGAAAAAAAAUAUGGAAUUCCCAUCGAUCAUAUGCCUGCUUAUUCUGCUUAUUAAAUGAAACACAUGAAGCCAGGGAUUAUCCAAGAAUGUUAAUAUGUGAUUGGUACAAGGGCAAUUCGGAAAUAAACUUCCAUUUGGUUAUCGAUGACAGAUACUCGCAGAUACAGAACUUUUAUUAUACACAUUAGAAAACUACAACGUUACAUUACUUUUUGACAUAAUCGCCAUUCAAAUUGAGGCACUUAUCCUAAUCUCUCACAAAGUUUGAAAUUAUCGUGAACCAAUACCACGCCGGAAGUGAUGCCAUAGAAAAUCCCACAAAAUGUGAAGAAACCAAAGGCGUACUGCUAGUGAAGUUCACGGAGCAUGGUUUGACCAUCAGUUCAGAAGUCUACUGUGAAACAUUACGAAAACUCAGAUAAGCUAUCUGUAACAAGCAUUGGGGCAUGUUGACUUCCGGUGUGGUGUUGGUUCAUGAUAAUGCUUGCCCGCACACCGCUGGACGCAUCCAAGAACUUUUAAAGCUGUUUAGUUGGAAGUUUUUAAUCACACAUACACCAUAGCCCAGAUUUGGCGCUGAGUGACUACUAUUAAGGAAUUUUCAAACCUUGUAAGACAUUAUGACAAGUGCCUGAAUUUGAAUGGCGAUU